AUGCAUUCCCAUUUCGGCGUCUUUUUGCCCAUAGCCCUCCUCGGGGCCGGGGCGUCCAUUGUUGCUGGCAUCUCAUCCAGUUCGACAUGCGGAGCCUUGUGUCUGGAGAAUGUGCACAAAGGUUCUUCAUGGGAGAUGGACCAACACGCCUCGCGCGACUUCUCGUUUUACGAACCACCUUCCAACUUUUCUUCCAAGCUCCCUCCUGGGAGUCUCCUCACCGUUGAGCCCGUCACUGAUCUGUCGGAGUACAGCAUUCCUAGUGGCCUUUCCAUGUCUCGCAUAAUAUACACCACGAAUGACUUGAAUGGUACUACUCUUCCGGCUUCAGCGUAUAUCCUCUGGCCGUACGCACCGCUUGAGACUCCCGAGCAACAAAAACAAGGAUAUCCAAUGGUAGCAUGGGCUCAUGGCACUUCUGGUGUGCUGAGAGGGUGCGCGCCAAGUAACUAUCGCAACCUGCAGUACCACUUCAUGGCUCCGUUCCUUCUCGCUCUACAGGGAAUGGCUGUUGUGGCGCCCGACUACGCCGGACUCGGUAUCAGAACUUUGCCCAAUGGACAGGAAAUUGGUCACCCAUGGCUUACCGGACCGGCACAAGCCAACGAUCUCUCCAACGCCAUCAUUGCUGCUCGCAAAGCUUUCCCCAGUCUUUUGACCGCGAAUGGCCCAUUUGUCGCCAUGGGCCACUCCCAAGGUGGUGGAGCAGCUUGGUCAUUUGCGGAAAAGCAAGUCAAGGAGCCAAUCUCUGGAUACAAAGGCGCCGUUGCCAUUGCACCUCCCACACGGACCAUUGACCAUCUGAAAGACGCCUUUGGCAACGUCACACAAACCUGGGCUCAACUUAUUAUCGCUGGACAGCCAAAGCUUAUAGCUGCAGUAACUGCCGUUUUCCCCUCGUAUAACUAUACGGGGUUGACGUCUGUAUCCUAUGAUAGAUGGUUUAAUGUCCUGGAGCCUUUGGACGGGUGCCUACCGACAGACAGUCUCGCCUUCACGAAUGUAACCACUGACGAGCUAGCGGUUGCUAACUGGUACGAUGCUCCUGAAGUCCAGGAAUAUGCGAGAUUGUCAGAAAGCGGGCGGAAGAAGUUUAAGGGUCCACUACUGGUCAUCUCUGGGGAGGCAGACAUUGUGGUUCCCCACGACACAGUUGAGCCUGCGGUCGACGAUACUUGCAGCAUGCUGACUCAUGAGCACUGGGACGAGUCACUGGAGUUUGUCAGCUACUCGGCUAUGGACCACUUUCCUUCCAUUCAAGCGAGUCAGAUUAAGUGGCUAGCAUGGAUUAAAGACCGGUUAUCCGGCGUUCCGGCGUCGAAAUCCGGAUGCGUCAAGAGCUUGGUGAAUGGAUUUCGCACGGACGACACUUUCCAGAGUGCGGAACCCAACUUCCUUGAGGGUUGGGCUAGUACUGACGAGAGCUGGAAAUACUCGCUCUAA